CGCUUUCCAAAAUUGUGUGGACCGCAGGCCUUCUUGCUGCAAUCUUUCUCUCUCAGAAGAAAGAGUGAGAAAACCGCACUACCAUGAACGCCCAAGUGCCGUAGUUCCCCAGGAAGCUUCUCCAAUGGCGCUUCUUCAGACGAAAUUCUGCAUUGGGGUCUCUUCUUCCAUCAAACGCAGGAAUAUCAUCGUGUCCCAGGACGCAAGUUCCGCCCCGCAAACGUCCGAGGAGCCGGCUUCUAGGCCGACGUACGUAAUCCUCCCUAAAGGGAAGCCCCAGAAAUGGUCGACGGGGGUUGCUCCGGGGGAGUACGGAGGCCCUCCUCUGACCACAAAGAUACGGAAGUAUUGGGGAGGAGAAGAGGACCCUCUCACUUCCAAAGGUGACUUCAUAUGGAACAAGGAGUUCAUGGGGCGAAUGAAGAGGAUGAUUGAAGAGAAGCCGAAAUCUGUUGCUUCUCCUUCCAAGGAAGAACCCUCAGGUUUCCUCAGCUUGAGCAGAGCAAUGAGCCUCGAUAGUAUGGAGCUUGACUUGAGUAAAGAGCUCACCACACCUACGAAGCCGGUGCUUCAAGAACAAGUUGAGGCAGCUAGACGUGGUCGAUCACUGAGUGGUAUUUCAAGCAAUGGUUCUCCUAGAUGGAGGUUUGUUCCCACACGACGUGAGCAAGAGAAAUGGGAUAGAGCAAAUAAGGCUGCAACAGGAGGUAGUGAUGUCUUGUUGCGCAAUUUGAAUAAAGAGCGAGAGGAUCCAAAAGUUUUAGCAGCACGAGCCAAAGAACAGUAUCUCCAGUUGAAACAAAGACUGCAGAUCAUCACUUUGGGAAUUGGUGGUGUGGGUUUAAUCUCUGCUUAUAUUUCAUAUUCUCCAGAAGUUACAGCCAGUUUCGGUGCUGGUUUACUUGGUUCAUUGGUCUAUAUACGUAUGCUGGGCAACAGUGUGGAUUCAAUGGCAGAUGGAGCUAAGGGUCUUAUCAAAGGAGCGAUUGGACAGCCAAGGUUGUUGGUUCCCGUGGUUUUGGUCAUGGUCUAUAACCGGUGGAAUGGGAUACUUGUCCCUGAGCAUGGGUUUAUCCAGCUCGAUUUGAUACCCAUGCUGGUGGGAUUUUUCACAUAUAAAAUUGCAACAUUUGUUCAGGCAAUGCUAGACGUUUUACCCAUAGACGGAAAGGAAAAGGAAGCUUAGGCAAAAUGUGUUUUGUCGCUUCAUUAUUUGGAUAACGUGUUGUCAUCAAAUGUGAGAUGUGGAAAUCUUUUGCAAACAGUUUGGAGUCGGCUCUUAGACAGAAAUUCGGCCAUUUGGAAAAGUACAGAAGUUUUGAAUUCUAUUUCACAUCAGAUACUCCAUUUCUUAGUCUGGACUUUAUCUCUAAUGCUGGAAAGCUUUGCAGAAGUGAUUGCUGCUUUUCUGCCUAUGUGACACAAUAUCCAACUUGGUGAAGCAAGCAUGAAGUUAUUGUUUCAUUAAUCAAAUUUGACAGUGGACCACAUGUAACUUUGCUUAUGCAAGUUUCAUUGCGGACAAGAAAAAUCAUAUCUUGAGUCAGUUUGCAAAUUCAGGUUUUGCUGAUGGUUCCUUCUUUUCUAGGUAUGAAAAAUUAAAUGAACUAAA